CUGCGUAAUGACGUAGGACGCUGUGGGCGGGGCUGCGCGGCCCGUGGGGCGUCCGUUACUCGGGCGGGCAGCAUGGCGAAGACGGUGGCCUACUUCUACGACCCUGAUGUAGGCAACUUCCACUACGGAGCAGGACAUCCUAUGAAGCCCCAUCGUUUGGCACUAACUCACAGUCUUGUGCUCCACUAUGGACUCUAUAAGAAAAUGAUUGUUUUUAAACCAUAUCAAGCAUCCCAACAUGACAUGUGCCGCUUUCACUCAGAAGAUUACAUUGAUUUCCUUCAGAGAGUGAGUCCCAACAACAUGCAAGGAUUCACCAAAAGCCUCAAUGCUUUCAAUGUAGGGGAUGACUGCCCAGUGUUCCCAGGUCUGUUUGAAUUUUGUUCUCGGUAUACUGGGGCCUCUUUGCAAGGAGCAACACAACUAAAUAAUAAGAUUUGUGAUAUUGCAAUAAACUGGGCUGGAGGCCUACAUCAUGCCAAGAAGUUUGAGGCUUCUGGAUUUUGUUAUGUUAAUGACAUCGUGAUUGGCAUUUUGGAGCUUCUCAAGUAUCACCCACGUGUACUUUACAUUGAUAUAGAUAUUCAUCAUGGAGAUGGUGUCCAGGAGGCUUUUUACUUGACUGAUCGUGUCAUGACAGUGUCUUUUCAUAAAUAUGGGAAUUACUUCUUCCCUGGUACAGGUGACAUGUAUGAAGUUGGGGCAGAGAGUGGCCGCUAUUACUGUCUGAAUGUACCUUUACGUGAUGGCAUUGAUGACCAAAGUUACAAACACCUCUUCCAACCAGUCAUUAACCAAGUGGUAGAAUUCUAUCAGCCCACAUGCAUAGUGCUGCAGUGUGGAGCUGACUCCUUAGGGUGUGAUCGUUUGGGUUGCUUUAAUCUCAGUAUAAGAGGACAUGGGGAGUGUGUGGAAUAUGUAAAGAGUUUCAGCAUUCCACUUCUGGUGUUGGGAGGAGGUGGCUACACAGUUCGCAAUGUGGCCCGAUGCUGGACUUAUGAAACAUCAUUGCUUGUAGAAGAAGCUAUUAGUGAGGAGUUGCCAUACAGUGAAUACUUUGAAUACUUUGCUCCAGACUUCACCCUUCAUCCUGAUGUCAGCACUAGAAUUGAGAAUCAGAAUUCGAGGCAGUACUUAGAUCAAAUCCGUCAGACUAUAUUUGAGAAUUUGAAGAUGUUGAAUCAUGCACCUAGUGUCCAAAUCCACGAUGUCCCUUCUGAUCUGCUGAGCUAUGAGCGCACUGAUGAGCCCGAUCCUGAAGAGAGAGGGUCAGAGGAUAACUACAGCAGGCCAGAAGCUUCCAAUGAGUUCUAUGAUGGCGAACACGAUAACGAUAAAGAAAGUGAUGUGGAGAUAUGAUGCCUGUUUCAAUGUGGACUCUGUGCGACUGCCUGGAAAAUGGUGCUCUAAGGAAAAAGCAGGCUCCAGUGUCUGGUCUUUCUUGCUGUUGCUUGAAGCCAUGGCACCAGGACUGCUGAGCCAUAAGAAUAUUGGGGUGCAGAGGGCAAGAAGAGGUUACCGCAUUCCUCGCAUGACUCUGCCACUCACUACUAUUUGUGGAAAAAUUCACACAAAUCUCUUUUUGUUGCUAUGUACGCAACUUCAAAUUUUAUUCUACGGUAACUUUGUCCCAUUCCCUAUGGAAAGGGGGGAAUUUGUUGCACUGUUCUUCUGGCUUGUUUGAAUACAAGUUUGCAUGUGUGCUAUUAUGUUGAAACGACUGAUUUGAAAUCCCCUGAAAAGAUAUUUUGUUUACCAAGUUUCCAUUUAGCUACUAUCUGUUGAAAUUCAGUGGGAAAAGUGCACCAGAUAAUGUUAAUCAAUGUUUUUCUGAACUGUAGUAAACGUGGGAAAUGCCAACAUUGGAGCCGGUGCAGCAGGGCAGAUUUCUUUAGAACAUAGCUUUCUUGCUGUGUUAUUCUUGAAACUUUUUUUUCUCCAGUUGCAAUGAUGUGCUACAACUUUUUUAAAAAUCUUCAGUGGGUAGUUUGAGAGGGGAAAGGCUUGGGGCUUUUUGUAUUUCUCAGUCUUUCUGCUUGGUUACACUGUGUACUUGGAUGCCUGUAUGGUGCCAAAAAUCUUGUUAAUGAAGAAUUGAAACCUGCGUGUGUGACAAGAUAACAUCGUCUGUGCAUUCCCCCACCCCAAAGGACGUGCAGGCUUUCUGCUUUGUUUUAUGGAGGAACAAAUUAUGUUUCAAUUGAAAUAAUCAUGGUGAGCUACCAGGGCCAAAUGUUUUAGCCUGUCUCCCUAUUUUUACAUUUCUACCUGUGAACCUUUAAUGGAUACGUGUAUGUUAUGUAAUGAACCCUGCAUUUUGAGCGUGGGCCUUACAUGUAUCCUUGGAUACAGUAAUUUAAGGAAGUUCGUGGAAGGAAAUUUUACUCACUUCUUUUCUGCCCUACCUCAUGUUGUUUAGGAAAUAUUGGGGAAGUGGAGGCACAGGGAUGAUGGAGAAACAUCCCUCCAUUAACUUAAGAUUUAAACCAGAGUCUAGAAGACUUAUUUGCAUUAACUGCACAUUUUCCACUUCUUUUGUUUCUGUAGACAUUGAAAUUUUAAACUGUAUGAAUGUUGGAGAUGGUUGCAAUCAGUAUUGUAAGGACACCUACUGUUUUAGCUGUAAUGAAAAACAACUGACAUUCUCUAAUGUUCAUUUACCCUGAUGUGUUUAAAAUAUUAAACAACGGGCUAGUAUUUUUUAUUA